AAGCAGCAGCCUCCAUGACUGUUGUUAACCACAAUGUCCAUCCGCCAAAGGAUACCUUUCAAAUUCACUGAAGAUACUCAGGAUGAGGAUAUCCACAUACUGGAUGAACAAGAACAAGAAGAAUUAAUUCAGAAACUGAAAGAAGAGAGCGAUGCGCGUAAUGCACAAUACCGCCUGCUGCUACAGACCGUGUUGGGGCUCUCAGCCACACUUCAAUUAGUUUAUCUUCUAAAGUCACACAAGGAACCACCAAUAGCGGCAUUGUUCCCCGGCUCUCUCUCGACACCAUUCACGCCUAUACCCAUCCUGAAUCUCUGGAUAACACUCAACCUAUUUUACCACGCAAAUUUGAGCCUACAUCUCAUGCCGAGUUCUCAUCCUAUACGACAAUUCCUCCAACGAGCACAACGUUCUUCGCACCGUCGUUUCAUACCUCUUUCCUACCCGAUACUCUAUGUACUAUCCGCAAUUCCAGUCUUGCUAUCUUUCAUUCUGGAGACUGGUCCGGUGGACGUGGCUUGGUGGUUAAUCACACCUACGAUGAUUUACUUUGUGCAUAGCGCACAGAAAUGGAUCGCACAGGAGACCGAUGGGAUUCGGAACCUGGAGAACCUUAGGUACGAUGCUAGAGGUGCUUAAGCCCAAUGUAUGACAUUGAUACUACAGUAUCGCGCGACGUCGAGCCGCUCAUAUGGAUUGCUAAUGUACAACAGUUUGAUACAAGAUAACGAGUGUAGGUAACGACAGUCUGAAUCCA